AACGUGGAAGUGGAUUUCGGGAUUACACAUUUUAGCCUUAUUUUGCUCACACGUUCCAUCAUUAAAACAUUUAUACAAAAGGGUUAAAUAGUCAAUAUUCAAUUCAAGAACAUACAUUUUACAUUUCCACGAUUUCUUUUGAAAAAAUGUUUUAUCUAAACGAGCAUUUUACAUAUAAUUUUAAACAAUAACACGACACAGAGAGCUGGAAAAAGGAUUUAUGAUUAGCAAUUCCUUGCCCUGCUUAAAAAUAGAUUGUGUAUAAAACAUUAAUGUGAGACCAAUUCCACCAAGAAUUGGAGACAAGUUUGUUUUGGAAGCAAAAAUUCCGAGAGCAAAAUAAAAUAACUCCCCAAGCUAUGACGAAUCUUUAUGAUGGUCUAGCAGGGCACUGAAAACUCAAUACACCUUUUCGAAAUGAGAAGGGGAAAAAAAGAGAUUUUCAAAAUGUAAAAGCCAAUAAAAACGAAUGCAAAUGCAAAAGCCAAUAAAAACAUUUCACUUAAUUUUAUUAUUUUUAUUAUUUAUUAUUUAUAUUUACUUUACUUAUGGGGCUAAUUUACCUCCAGUAUUGUAAUUACGUAAUAUAACUGCGCCAAGCGUCAAAACGACCUUCACUUUGACUUGCAAUACUACAUUUAGUCGAGCGGGGGCACUUUAACUCCGUGUCGUUGAAACUGGUACAGCGAGUGUCGCUGCUAGCCGAGCCGGAGUCCUGGGUUCUCACGCUGCUUCACCUGCGGAGCUCAGCCGGUCGAUUUUUUUUUUUUUUUUUUUUUUUUUUGGACUGGCUCCACGGCGGAGAAUGAGACUUCACAUGACCCGUUCAGGGUGUUGCAUGAGGACCAGCGGCGUCAUCGCUAAAGCGCUCCAAUGACGCACUACUCCCAGCUGUCGGCCAAGGCUGCUGCCCUGCGCGUCAUCCACCUGCCGCUGGCCGUGUGCGGGUCUUUGGCACAGCUGGAGGUGAGCGCUGGCACCAAGAAGCUGGUUGCCGCUGCAGCCUUCAGUGCGGUCUCGAUGCUCUUACUUGCUUCCCACUUUCAGAGGAGGCGGGGCCGCAAGAAGGCCGGGUCGCCUCCGCCACGACUGCCAUGGGAGCAGCCCGGCAUCCAGCUCUUGUUCUCCUCAGCUGUGCCAGAGGACGAUAAGAGCAGUCAUCAGAACUUGACGCGCUCUCUCAACUCCAAGUCGUGUUUCUCUCUUGCACCUGUCCACGUAUCGGCAGGAGCCCCCAGGGAGCGUUCUGAGAGUAUAAUGUCGAGCACGGACACAUCUAGCAGUGGCACCUGCGCCAUAGAGUCCAGCUGCUGGGACCGACUAGGCGACGCCGACAUCUGCAGCAUGGUCACCACUCCUGAGAACCUCUACCUCAUGGGUAUGGAUUUAUUUGAAGAGGCGCUGCGGCGGUGGGAGGAGGCGUUGACGUUCAGGAGCAAGCAGGUGGAUGACAACUUUAUCUCUGUCAAGACUGGAGCUGCGGAUGCCAUCGCUGAGGACAACAUGGAAGACGUCAUUAGUGCAGAGUUUAUCCACAGGCUGAAGUCGCUGCUGCAAAGGGCUUACCGCUUGCAGGGCGAGUUCGAGGGCGUGUUGGGGGUUGCGUCGGAGCCUUCGUCCAACGCCAGCAGCCACGACAUUGUGUCUCAAGAGGAGCAGGAGGACGCGUGUCUAAGGGACAGCAUCAGCAUCGCCUCCACCGACUCCUUUGUGUCCGCCGCUGAAUUGUCAGAGCACAGGGAGCUGAGGAGCAGCUACACAGUGACUCAUCAUCCCUUCUAUGAGGCGGCCUUGCAGAUGGCGGAGGAUGGCCAGAUCUCCUGCAGGGUGCUGCGGACCGAGCUGUUGGAGUGCCUCGGAGAUGUGGAUUUCCUGGCCAAGUUGCACUGCGUGCGGCAGGCUUCUCAGCUCAUCCUGUGUGAAAGAACCACAAGGUCGUUUCUGGCAGAGACUGGGAAGAAGAUUUUGUCAUCCAUCAUUGUCAAAGCGCAGAAGAGCCCAAAGAGGUUUGAGGAAGUGUUUGAGGAGAUGAUGUGCUUCCUGGAGCAAGCGGAGCACUGGGAUAACACUGCGUUGGAGUUGGCCACGCGGGGUGUUAAACACCUCAACUUCUAUGACAUCGUGCUGGACUUCAUCCUGAUGGACUCUUUCGAGGAUCUGGAGAACCCGCCCAUCUCCAUUCAGAAUGUCAUCAACAACCGCUGGCUCAACAGCUCCUUCAAGGAGACGGCGGUGGCAUCAAGCUGCUGGUCAGUGCUGAAGCAGAAGAGGCAACACAUGAAGGUUCCAGACGGCUUCAUCGCUCGCUUCUACACGCUGUGUGAGCAGAUCAGUCCCGUCCUGGCGUGGGGCUUCUUGGGGCCGAAGAGUCCCCUGCAUGACUUCUGUUGCUUCUUCAAGGAUCAGGUGGUGCACUUUCUCAAGGACAUAUUUGACCUGGACAAGGUUCGCUACUCAUCAGUUGACAGCCUGGCCGAGGACAUGUUGCACUUGCUGCACCGCCGCUCCGAACUGCUGCUGGCCUACCUGGGUGCAGAGUACUCCCUGCAGCUUACUGGAUGCAGCGGCACCACACUGCACCUUGUACCUGGAGCCCUUAUGGAGUCCAAUGUGCACACUGGAGCUCUUGCCCGGCCUACGCUCGGCAGAAACUACCACAGGCUCUGAUUCUAGCGCCUAAGCUUGCAGCGUCCUCCAACACUGUGAGCGAGAAGUGAAGGUGUUUCAAUGAGUACGUCAGCACUGUGCUUUACAGCAGAAUAAACACCACCAGAGUACAUUUGUCAACAUCACGUAUU